CUUCAUACAGUUGAUCGGGCUGAACCCAGUCACCUACUGAAAAUGGAAAAACAGAAACCUAAUCAAUGAGGCAGAAUACCGAGGUAAUCCCCCGGUCAAAGCUGUAUCACAUUGCAACUGCUAUCCGGCACCACUGGAAGAUGAUUGCUCGCCAUGUCCGUGAUAAUGAGACACUGGAAGCAGAUUUUGAAGCCAUCAUAUUGAACCAUGCAGACCCAGCCAAACAGGCUCUACAGAUGCUGCUUCAGUGGAGGGAAAGAUGGCCCAAUGUGAUAUGCACUUGGGAGAGUUUACAUAAUGCUCUGUGGGAUUUGAACCUCGAUAUGAUAGCGAAGAAAUGCAACCAGGUGUAUUUGACGUACAAGUAUGAAGGAUCCCCUCUGCGGCAAGGAAGAGUCAAGCUGCAGUUGGGUGUAGAAGAACCGGCUUUUAUUCCAGUCGGCACUGAUGUAAAAGCCAGGUACAGAGGCGCUCUCUGUGAUGCCAAGGUGAAAACUAUUGAGAAGGCUGUGCAGUGCAAGGUCAGGUUCUUCAGUGAUAUUGCCAACGAAGUGCUUUCUGAUGAUUGUAUCAACGGGGACCUCAAGGUUGGAGCAAUGGUGGAGGCCAGACAUCCUACAGAAAACACCUGGAUGGAUGGCUGGAUCGUGAAAGUGACUGAUAACAGUAUAUACACUGUGGUGUAUGACGAUGGAGACGAGAAGACAUUAGGGAGGUCAUCGCUGCAUUUGCACGACAAAAAUAAGAUGCAGAGAAGAGAGUUACCUUUUCUCCCAGUUGGUACUGCAGUCAAGGUCAUGUACAGAGGUGCUUUGUGCGAGGCCAAGGUGAAAACCAUUAACAAGUCAAUGAAGUGCAGGAUCAGCUUCUUUGAUAUCAUUGCUGACGCAGUUGUCACCGAUGAUUGCAUUAAGGGGGACCUCAAGGAAGGAGCAGUGGUUGAGGUCAGACAUCCAACGCCAGACACCUGGAUGGAUGGUAUGAUUAUGAAGCUGGCUGAUGAUAGUACAUACACUGUGGUGUUUAAUGAUGGAGAUGAGAAGACACUAAAGAGGUCAUCCCUGUUUCUGUGACAAGAACAACUCUUCAGGGGUGUGAUAUUGAGAGGCUGGUUCUGCUGUCCAACUUCUGCUCUCUCAUCAUGCGAGAAGUCAUAAGCAGGAAGAGAAUCAGUAGACAUGGCGUUCAGUCAUUGGGAAGGGACUACAAACAGAUAUAUGAAACAAAAGUGUGAUUCUACUGGUGUGAUGGAAUCUGCCCUGAACUGUCUGUCUUGAGAGUUACCAACAUUCAGUUACUUUGGAUAAAUCUAGUAUAGUACAAGUCAAAUUUGGUGUUUGUGGCAAGAAAUUCAGGAUAUUUGUGAAUUCUUUCAAUUCGUGAUGGUUUAUCUAGGGGGAUCGAAAGUAAAAUCUUUCAGAUACCGUAUAUAAUAGUUAUGAUCAAUGCAUAUGUGCCAUCGUGGAUGCGUGCACGUGCAGUUUUUCACAGGUGGAACUUUUCAAGCCUGAGGGAAAAACUAUGUGACAUCUCUGAAAUUCUUAAGCUCAAUUUGCCAUGAUAAUAUGAUUAAGCCUCACUUCACAUAUCUAACUAGAUGUACAUGUGCAGGAUGUAACCUAUUUACAUUCACAACGUUUUCUUGUGAAAGUUCAGGACAACAAAUACAUGUCGUCAUUCUGUAGCCACACUGAAUCACAUGAGUCACUCAAGCAUUGGCUAGAUUGACACCAACAUUUCUGUGACUAGAGAUGGACAGGUCUGUUUCCAGAAACAGUAUGUGUUGCAGAGUAUCACAUAAAUCUGUCCUUUAAAACCUAAGGGAGACACCAUUCAACCUGAGAUGAAUCGUUUGGGACCUUUGUUAUUCAAAUUCAAAGUUUUUGUAAAUAUUUAUCUUUUUUUUGUUAUUGGCUUUGCUUUGUAUUAUUUAUUGUAUUUCACUGAUAUGCAUGAGGUUUGUUUCAUUCCAAGGUGUUGUAUAGUGUUCGCAAUCAAGGAGUGUAACCCGGAUCUCCAUGUUUGGCAAUUCACUGUCGCAUGGUGACCUAACAGACACGCUAGAUUUGUUGGUAUUAACAUGUAUCGAAUAUUUACAUCUUGGUUUCUUCAAACUUAAAAACUGAAGUUCAGACAUGACACCAUUUAUCGGGCACUGUGUUUACUUUCAAAGAUAUUGUUUCAUUAGACCCCUAAAUAGAAGUCUCUGCCAUUGUUCAGUGGAGAUGGCUGUGAGAUGCUUAAUGUUGCACCUGGGUCAGCCAUCAGCAGCACAUAUUGAAGAUUAUUAACCAGUGCAUUUUUGGCAAAAUGCAUAGCAAAUGCAAACCUAUGUAAUACCGAUUUCCUUCCAUCUGUCCGGCCAUUUGCAUUUCACAAGUUUUUUAAUCUCUGUAUAUUGGUAAUAAUAAUGUCCUAAUUAUUUGUUUCNUGUGUGAUUUUUUUACCAAUACCAGAGCCUUACGUAGGAUUAUUGCCCAGAAACUUAAGGGCAUUUUACAUAUUCAUGGAGGAAAUUGAAACUCCAAAUUUUGAAGUUUUUCGUUGAACAUGUAUUACAUGUACAUGUACCUUGAACAUGUAUUUUGUGUGCGCAGUAUUCACACAUAAAGGCUUUUGUUCAGAAAUUAAACAAUCAUUCCCAUCUGUGGCAGGCCUAACCCUUGGAUGUGGUGGAUUGGGUGAGACCAUUGGGGCUGGGGGGUAUGAGUGGAUGAUAUGGACGUCAUGGAAUGGGGAUUUGAUGGGAUGGGAUAAGAUGGGCCUUUGGUGGGGUGAGUUAGGGAUUUGUUGUUAUGAGAUGAGGAUUUAUCAAAUGGUUGGAUAAAUACCAUUUGUAUUUUAUGUAAUAUGUGUAUAUAGAACAUGUACUGUGUGCAUGCACACAGGUAUUUCAUCUUUUAGAAUCAGAUUGCCCCCAUAAACUGUUAACAGUCUAUCAUACCAUCUUGUCCACAUUGAUAAACAAGGUUUUCUACAAGAAUAUAUUUUUGUUUAAGUUUUAACAAUUUUUAUGUAAUGAGUACGUAUUUUUCCAAACCUAUGUUUUGACAUUCACGCUUUAAAAAGAAAUGAACAGAAAAUGUUUUUGGAGAAUAUGGAACACUUCACAAUUACAGUAAAAAAAAAAAAAACAAUACGUGGAUUGGAUGUAGUUAAAUCCAUGAAGUUCUGUACUCGACACCAUGAGUAUAAUAAAUUCAGUGAAGGAAA